AUGGGUGUUUCAACGGUGUUGAAAAGGGCUAGGAAUUUACUAGCAACGUUCAUAGUAUGCUGUUUUAUGGCAGUAGUGCUUGUCCUGGCGCUGGCACGCCAUUUUAUAAAUGAGCAUAGAGACACUAGGAGCUCAUCGACACAGAUUGAAGUUAGCGAUGAGAGUAAAAGAAACGUGCACCAUGACCACGUUCUUACGAGGACCAAUGCUUACUCGACGCCAUACCUUGAUUUGGAACAUGACAAGAAAAACGGCAUCGUUUACGAUCACACAAGAACGGUGAUCCGUAAAAAGAACCGCGAGGAGGGGCCCUCGUCGCUGCAUAAGAACCUUUUUCACAAAUUUUUAACAAAGCUUAUUUUUAGGUUUAUCGAGAAAGAAAAAGUUGCAGAAGGUGUAACGCAGGGGAAGUUCAAUAACAGCAACAAUGAAAUUGCCAAUCAUGAACCAAUUUUUGAAAAAGUUCCCGUUCAUUCUGACGAUCCAUUACAGAAUCUAAUUCUAUCGGAGGACUUAACAUUAGUUGCCGAUCUCAAUUAUUAUUUUAACCAGUAUAACAUCCAAAUAGAGGAGUUUAGAUUGGAGACUGAGGACGGGUUUGUUAUAGAUUUGUGGCACUUGAUACCAAAAUAUAGAACGACUGAUUCAGACAAGAAGAAGAGACCACCCAUUUUGAUGCUACACGGUCUUUUGCAAAGUAGUGGUUCUUUCGCAUCCAAUGGUAGGAAAUCUCUGGCAUAUUUUCUGUAUCAGUCCGGUUACGAUAUCUGGUUAGGGAAUAACAGAUGUGGAUUUAGGCCGGAAUGGAACGAUGCGAAAGUACCGACAUUGGCUUCCAGAUGGGACUGGGACCUUCGCGAAAUGGUCAAGUACGAUUUAACUCUGUUGAUCGAUACCGUCUUGGCUAAGACGCAGUUUGAAAAGCUUACCUUGAUCUCGCAUUCUCAAGGCACUACACAGGGGUUUAUGGGCUUAGUCAAUGAAGAUAAGUUCUUCCCUCCCGGUUCAGGAUCUAAGGACUCGUUUUUCACUUCUAAGAUCGCUAACUAUAUUGCCUUGGCCCCUGCAGUGUAUCCCGGUCCUUUGCUAAACGAGAAAUUGUUUGUUAAGCUUAUGACAAAGGAAAUCGACAAUCCUUGGUUCUUUGGUGAAACAAGUUUUUUUGAGAUAAUGAUGAUUGUAAGAAAUUUGUGCGUUGGUGAGAGCUUGUUUUCCUUUGUCUGUUACACGAUCUUCAAUUACCUAUUUGAUUGGAACGAUACCCUUUGGGACACCGCAUUAAGAGAUCGCCAUUUCCUGUUUUCACCAGUCCAUGUUUCAGUGAAGUUGAUGCAAUGGUGGCUGUCGCCCGACCCCAACAAAGUAAGUUUUAAAUUCGGUUCCCAUAAGAUGUUCCCUGAUAAUGUUAAGUGGUUUUCAGACGCGUCAAACGCUCCAAACAUCUACUUAUUUGUUCCGAAACAAGAUAGAUUGGUGGACGGAGAAAGAUUAAUUAAUCAUUUCGUUAAUGUGGAAUCAAAUGUCAACUGCAAGAUCUGGUACAUUGAUGAGUACGCUCACAUUGAUGUCCUAUGGGCACAUGAUGUCAUAGAGAGAAUUGGCAAACCAAUUUUACAGAAUUUGAAUAACUAUUACUCCAAGAAGCCAUCCAGCGCCUUUGAAAGUGAUUGUUCAGAUACAGAGGUAGAAACGGAGCUAGAAAUGGUUGCUGAGAAGGCUUGA